AUGCCUGGCCAGGACCAUGAAGAUAGGCGGGCAGUGAGUGCAGUGAUGAUGACUACAAUGGCAGGGAAGGGACUUUUGAUGGUGUUCUUUUCUUUCUUGGUUGCGGGCUGGGGUGAGAGUAGGGAGUUGGAGGAAAUUGGUGGGGUAGUGAAGAAGCCAGAAUGGUUUUUUGAUGGAAACCCAGGCUGGAUUGGCGGUGGUGGAGGAGGAGAAGGAGGCGGUGAUGGUGGUGACAUUGGUGGAGGUGGGGGUUUUGGGGGUGGUGGUGGGUGGAAAGGGUUGAGUUUUGGGCAUUCUUUUAGUUUUGGUAAAGGGGUGGGUUCUAGUUUCCAUGAUGGAAAAGCUAGUGACAUUGGAAAACCUGAUUGUGUAGGAAAAGGUGGUGGAGGUGGAGGUCAUGGCAAGCACCGCAAGGAGAAAAAAAAACAUCAUUAUCAUCAUCCCGGAGGUGGAACUAGUGGUGGUGGAGGGAUUGGAGCUGGUGGUGGAGGUGGGGUUGGAAAAGGAGUUGGUGGUGGAGGUAAAGGUGGGAUUGGUAAGGGAACUAGUGGUGGAGGUAAAGGUGGGAUUGGUAAGGGAAUUGGUGGUGGACAUGGAGGUGGUGGAGGAGGAAUUGGUGGUAGAGGACCUGGAGGUGGAGUAGGAGGAGGAAUUGGUAAUGGUGGUGGAGGUGGUGCAAGAGGAGGAGUUGGAGGUGGCAUUGGUGGGCCAGGAGGAGGCAUUGGUGGUGGAGGUGGAGCAGGAAGAGGUAAUGGUGGUAGAGGUGGUGCAGGAGGAGGAGUUGGAGGUGGCAUUGGUGGGCCAGGAGGAGGCAUUGGUGGUGGAGGUGGAGCAGGAAGAGGUAAUGGUGGUAGAGGUGGUGCAGGAGGAGGAGUUGGAGGGGGCAUUGGUGGUCCAGGAGGAGGCAUUGGUGGUGGAGGUGGAGCAGGAGGAGGUAUUGGUGGUGGAGGUGGUGCAGGAGGAGGAGUUGGAGGCGGCAUUGGUGGGCCAGGUGGAGGCAUUGGUGGUGGAGGUGGAGCAGGAAGAGGUAUUGGUGGUGGAGGUGGUGCAGGAGGAGGAGUUGGAGGUGGCAUUGGUGGUCCAGGAGGAGGCAUUGGUGGUGGAGGUGGAGGUGGAGCAGGAGGAGGUAUUGGUGGUGGAGGUGGUGCAGGAGGAGGAGUUGGAGGCGGCAUUGGUGGACCAGGAGGAGGCAUUGGUGGUGGAGGUGGAGCAGGAGGUAGUAUUGGUGGUGGUGGUGUAGGAGGAGGAGUUGGAGGCAGCAUUGGUGGUGGUGCAGGAGGAGGAGUUGGAGGCAACAUUGGUGGUGGUGCAGGAGGAGGAAUUGGAGGCAGCAUUGGUGGGCCAGGAGGAGGAAUUGGUGGUGGUGCAGGAGGAGGAGUUGGAGGCGGCAUUGGUGGACCAGGAGGAGAAAUUGGUGUUGGAAUAGGUGGUGGUGGUGGAACCGGUGGAGGAAUAGGAGGUAUUGGUGAUGGAGGUGGUGUGGGUGGAGGAGUUGGGGGAGGGUUUGGCGGAGGGAUUGGUGGAGGAGCUAGCGUACGGAUAGGAGGUAUUGGUGGCGGUGGAUUUGGGGGAGGGAUUGGUGGCGGAGCUGGUGUUGGUGGAGGAGUCGGAGGAGAUUUGGGUGGUGGUGGGGGAGGAGGAGGUUUUGGCGGUGGUGGUGGGGCCGGCAUCAGUGGUGUUACCGGGGCUGGAAUUGAAGGAAGCACAACUGGUGGCUCUACCGACAGUGUUAAGGUGAAGCAACCAUGAAGCACGAGUGAAGGCUGUCAGUGGUGUUUCAUGCUUUAUUCUUCUUGUGUGCAUGGCUUCAAUUGUUAGGGUUUCUCUCCACAUUUCUAAUGUGUUUGUCAGUAAUUUAAUGUAUAAUAAUCUUGUUCUUUGUCGCUGUUCGUUUGUUUCGGAAUAAAUGAUUAUUCCCGUGGACUGGAAGAGAAUUAUGAAUAUAUUUUCUUUAUAGUUGUUCAUGCAGGCAUGUACAGCCAGUUGGAGAUCAUCUGCUAGGCUUUAAAAUAGAAGCUGAUGCCAAUGUCUUCAAACAAUGGUUACUAAUCUUGGGUAAACUGUAACCUUUAAG